CCUUCACAUGCAACGUGUAGUACUACCAUCGUGACAAAGAUAUGCCGAGCCCAUGUACACCUCAAUGAGCCUUUGGGAAGGUCUUUAAAACAAAGGCAACGGCACUGCGCUUUAUCCCUUGCCUGUGGAGGUGCUGCCUACCGGAUCAUCCCAUCUAUCAGCAUUCAUCCGGCCAUAGAGCGCACUAUUGACGAUUCCCUGAGAAUAUCAUUGAUCUGCUUUGCUUAGAAUAAUAGUUUCUUCCAUGAUGUACAAGGCCGCUGAUCUGGUCGUGGAACCAUCAACGGUCGGGAUUGAACUGAUUGGUCCCAGUCAGGGCCUGCCUGGCUUUGAGCCUCUUGGGCCCUUAAGACCCUACCGACAGGGAGAUCUGCAGGGCUACCUCGUGUUCUCAUCAGGUGAGCAAGUGGGCCUCGUGAGGUCCGACCUUUUCACCGCAUUUUCCCCCGAUUUACCCCGCAUGAAUUGUCCGGAGGAAGAAAAUUAUCAUCCAACGGCUGGGCAGAGGAUGCUCGUGUGCCGUCUCACAUCACGGGAAGGGCUUGGUGGUGAAACUGUAUUCCUCGCUAAAUUUCGAGACAACAAAGAGCCAGUGGGUGAUGAGGGCCACGGGUAGACUCGGACACAAUUGUGCAGUUGUGCACUUGAGGUAGCAAUCGCUUCGGGGUCGCCGUUGUCUUCAGCUGGAAGGCUGUCGGGCAGAUGAAUUGCUCUAGGGGCUUGGCUGGG